CGCCGCGCGCCGCUUCCUGUUGUCAGAGCCUCUAGAGCCGCAGCUUGUGCUGCAAGCCGUGGGGUCGCCUCGCCGGGAGCGCCGCCGCCUGCUCCUGUUCCCUAUGGGUGUCAUGUGAGUCUCCUUGAGCGCUGCUGCCUGAGUGGAAAUGCUCGAAGUGGAGAAUGGGCUGGACCCUCGGGCUGCCAUCCAGGUCAUCAAGAAGAGGCUGGUGGGAUCUGUGAAGGCUCUGCAGAAGCAGUAUGUAUCUCUGGACACAGUGGUCACCAGUGAAGAUGGAGAUGCCAACACCAUGUGCAGUGCCCUGGAGGCUGUGUUUAUCCAUGGCUUGCAUGCCAAGCACAUCCGUGCUGAGGCCGGAGGGAAAAGGAAGAAGCACACUCAUCAGAAGCCUCUGCCUCAGCCUGUUUUCUGGCCCCUUCUGAAGGCUGUCACCCACAAACACAUCAUCUCAGAGUUGGAACACCUGGUCUUCAUCAAUACAGAUGUAGGCCGCUGCCGGGCCUGGCUGCGGCUGGCCCUCAAUGAUGGUCUGAUGGAGUGCUAUCUGAAAUUGCUCCUGCAGGAACCCGCAAGGUUGUGCGAGUACUAUCAGCCCACGGCCCUGCUGCGAGACGCCGAAGAGGGCGAGUUCCUACUGAGCUUUCUGCAAGGACUGACAUCCUUGUCCUUUGAACUCUCCUACAAGUCAGCCAUCUUAAAUGAAUGGACACUCACCCCACUGUCUCUCUCUGGGCUUUGUCCCCUCUCAGAACUUGACCCCCUCACUACCUCUGGGGCGGAAUUACAGCGGAAGGAGUCUCUGGAUUCAAUUUCCCAUUCCUCAGGCUCUGAGGACAUCGAAGUCCAACACUCUGGCCAUAAGAUCCGCAGGAACAGGAAGCUCACUGCCUCUUCCCUCAGCCUGGACACGGCCAGUUCAUCCCAGCUAUCCUGCAGCCUGAACUCUGAUAGCUGCCUGCUCCAGGAGAAUGGUUCCAAGAGUCCAGACCGUUCUGAGGAACCCAUGUCCUACGACUCAGAUCUGGGCCCGGCAAAUGCUGAUGACUCUGACAGGUCUCUGCAAGAGGUGUUGUCAGAAUUCAGCAAAGCCCAGGUAAACUCUGUGCCAAGCAGCGGACCAAGCCAAGAGACAGAGAUCUCCACGCUCCAGACCCCUCUCUCCCUCCACAGCCUAGCUACCAGCACACAUCUGCGCUUUGAGGAGCCUGCGGAGCUCCUUCCUGCCCACGCAUACUCUGGGACCCCGAGUGAUGGCCACAAGCAUCAGCUGCUUCCCCAGGAGACCCCAGACGUGCAGCAGCUGGGCACUGCCCAAGCUUCCCCUGCAGGGAGCACUUCAGACCAGCAGCCUUCUAGCCCCGUGGGUGGAACAGUUGGCCAAGGGAGUGGUCAGCCGAAGGCCCUGGAGUAUGGCAGAGUUGGACCGAAGCUUGUGGUUUCCUCUCCUACCAGUCCGAAAAACAAGAGCUGGAUUUCUGAAGAUGACUUCUGCCGACCUCCCCAGGAGCAUGCUCCCAAGAGUGCUUCUAAUCUCUCCACAUCUCCUUUGCAAGGGACUCCAGAGUCAAGGCCUGCUCUCCAUAGGUGUUUUUCUCGAGGACCAAGAAAGAGCUGUUCCCUGGGGGCAUUAGACAAAGCAUGUGUGCCUUCACCAGGCUGGAGGAAUUCCAAAGCAGCCCCAGCAGCCCUGCUGGCACAAGAUCAUAAAAAUUUCUGCGUGGUGCAUCGGAGGCAGAUGGGCCUGUCUAACCCAUUCCGGGGCCUCAUGAAGCUGGGCACAGUAGCCCGGCGAGGGGCCAUGGGCAUCUGGAAGGAAUUUUUUUGUGAGCUGUCCCCUCUGGAACUCCGCCUCUACCUGAGUGAUGAGGAGCGCACCUGUGUGGAGAGCUGCUCCUUGCUACGAUGUGAGGCUGUGGGGCCAGCCCACAAUGAUGGACGAUUUGAGUUGGUCUUCUCUGGCAAGAGGCUGGCACUGCGUGCCUCCUCCCAGGACGAGGCUGAAGACUGGCUUGACCGUGUGCGGGAGGCUCUGCAGAAGGUGCGUCCUCAGCAGGAGGAUGAGUGGGUGAAUAUCCAGUACCCAGACCAACCUGAGGAUGGCCUAGAGGCUCCGCCAGACAGCCUCCCCCCUCACUCAGCCCUGCUCCCAGAGCCUGCAGGUGGCCAGGGCAUGCAGUUGGACUGGACAUCUGCUCAGGUUCCAGAGCCAGAUGCUAUCAAAGAGUCCCUUUUGUACCUGUAUACAGACCGGACCUGGGUCCCCUACAUUUUUUCCCUGUCCUUGGAGUCUCUAAAAUGUUUCCGUGUAAGAAAUAAUGAGAAGAUGCUAAGUGAUAGUCAUGGAGUGGAGACCAUCCGAGACAUCUUGCCAGACACCAGCCUUGGGGGCCCAGCCUUCUUCAAAAUCAUCACGGCCAAAGCCGUCCUGAAACUGCAGGCCAAGAACACUGAGGAGGCCGCCCUGUGGAGAGACCUGGUCCGAAAGGUGCUGGCAUCUUACUUGGAGUCAGCUGAGGAGGCUGUGACACUCGGGGGAAGUCUGGAUGAAAACUGUCAGGAGGUGCUGAAGUUUGCCACCAGGGAGAAUGGCUUCCUGCUACAGUACCUUGUGGCCAUCCCCACUGAGAAGGGCCUUGACUCCCAGGGCUGCUUCUGCGCAGGCUGCUCACGUCAGAUUGGCUUCUCCUUUGUACGACCCAAGCUCUGUGCCUUCUCUGGCCUGUAUUACUGUGACUUCUGCCACCAAGACGAUGCCUCAGUGAUUCCAGCCAGGAUCAUCCACAACUGGGACCUCACCAAGCGCCCGGUCUGCCGGCAGGCCCUGAAGUUCCUGGCACAGAUCCGGGCCCAGCCCCUUAUCAACCUGCAGCUGGUGAACGCCUCUCUGUAUGAGCAUGUGGAGCGCAUGCACCUCAUUGGCAGGAGCCGGGAACAGCUGAAGCUUCUGGGGGACUACCUAGGCCUGUGCAGAAGUGGUGCCCUGAAGGAGCUGAGCAAAAGGCUAAGCCACAGGAAUUAUCUCUUGGAGUCUCCUCACAAAUUCAGUGUUGCUGACCUCCAGCAGAUUGCAGAGGGGGUGUAUGAAGGAUUCCUCAAAGCCCUGAUUGAGUUCGCCUCCCAGCAUGUCUACCACUGUGACCUGUGCACCCAGCGAGGCUUCAUCUGCCAGAUCUGCCACCACCACGACAUCAUCUUUCCCUUUGAGUUUGACACCACUGUCAGGUGUGCUGAAUGCAGAACUGUCUUCCAUCAGAGCUGCCAGGCUGUGGUGAGGAAGGGCUGUCCCCGCUGUGCCCGCCGGCGCAAGUACCAGGAACAGAACAUGGUCAGCUAACCCUGCUGUCCUGACCUUCCGAGGCCACCCAGCUGGGUUUGUCGUCAGCCUAGGCCUCUCUGUCUCCCUGUAAGGAAGACUCUCAGGUGUGCCCAGAGCUCUCACCUCCAGAGAAGGCCCAGGAAGUCCCAGUGAUGCCCCAUGGCCCCUCAGUACCCUUCUGCUCCAGGAGGUGGGGACCCACCAGGUGCCUCUGCACAGUGCCUGUCAUCAGGCCUGGCUUAUCAGCUGUCUUGGCACCUCCAUUAGGGCUGUUCAUACACUGUGGAAUGAGGCUUGGUGAGCACUUUCAACUCACAUUCCUGAUUAAAAGGUCUAGUUUUUUAAGGUGGGUUCCCCCCCCCCUUCAUAUUUAAACAGAAAAUAUUUUUUUAUUCUUGACCCUACCCAAGUCACCUAAGAAGUGCAACCCUUCACCCAAGCAGAUGGGCAAGAGCAGCCCCAGCCCAGAGACAGGCAUGGGACUGGGUGGACAGCCCUCUGGACUGGGUGGACAGCCCUCUGGAUGGGUGCCUCUCCUUUGCCCUUUCUGGCACUUACUACCAAGAGUGCAAGUGUCAGGUGCCAAUGGCCCAUCGUUGCAGGGCUGGUCAGUUCCAGCGACCACCUCCCCUCCCCUCUUCGUGCUCUCACCUGGAAAGUGUCCUGUCCUCUGGCAGAGCCCCUGGCUCCUUUCUGGCCUGGGAGCACAGCACAGCAGGAGCAGGGGGAUGACCAAUACCAGCACUGUCAGCACUUUGAGCCUUCCUUGUUCAGGAAGACCGUGAUCUUGCCCACCUCAUCCCCAUGCCCUCCUUAGUCCUGAAUGUCAUAGGGCUAACCCCUGCCAGGGUAGAAUAGGCUAGACACCAGAGAGGCUCCAAGGUCCAACUGUGCAGAAUAGGUGCCAUCUUUUGGCUACAGAGAGAUAGAGGGAUGUGCACAGAAGCUGCCCUGUAGAAACUUCAUCAGCCCUAGUCUCACAAAGCCAUGAGAUCAUAAAGCUUCGGUUUGCACACAGCAGGACACUAGUGAGCUUCCUAGGAGCAGAGUUGCCCCUAAGAGGCUCUUGGGGCUGGUAUAGCAUCCCGGAUUGUUCUCGAGGUGAUGUUCAUGUAGCCUUAAGGCAUUUAGGGGAAUAGGUAUGUACUGUGCUAUCCCCACCUCUCCUGGACCCUGCAGCCCUUCUGGCUAUCCCAGAGUACUUGACUUAAAGCCAGAGGCUGCAGGUGGAAUGGAGGGCUUCCCUGGAAAUGUGCCUGUCAUGUCUAGAGCAGAGGUUUCCCCACCCUCCCUAAGGUGAAUGAGCUGAGUCACCUCCUGAAGCUUGAAGAAUUGUGCAAUAGAACAGAGGAGGCAGUAGGCAGGUAGCAGAGGCUGCCACACAGUUCAUAAGUCCCUAUUAUGGAAGACGGCGCUCUCCAGAGGUUGGGAAACCAAAGCUUCCAGAACCACGCAGUGUAUCCAUAUCUGCACUCCACAGCCAGCAUUAACAGUUCCCCCAAAAUGACAGAGCCUCUUUGCUUUGGAUCCUGAAUGGGCAGGAGUCUGUCCCCUUGGGCUUGUUACAUGAGAGUAUUCCAGAACCUGCCUGAGGCAGCCGGAUCCCUUCCACUGCCUGGACUGUACACGUUAGAGCUGGCCCUCACCCUUUCCUAAGCUGCUGAUGUGCUCAAAUGAGUCACUUACCCCGCCACCAGAAGAGCUCACGUGAACCUCGGCGGUGCCCACACUAUUUAAGAGAUGUUAUUUUAUGCAAUAUUCUGACAAGUGGGCCUUGGCAAUGUAGAGAAGGCACUGCUUCAGUGCUGUUUGACUGAUUUUGCAGUAAAGAGCUGGUCUUUCUAAUCAAAGUCUGGCUUCUGAAUCUCAAUCCUGCGGCUGCUGGGGACACACCAGCCAUCCGACCCACUCCCCUUAAUCCUAGGCACUGGGGAUUUCAGGGUCCAUGGAGUACACUUGCCAGCCAAAGAAGCAGGGGAGAAGAGGUAAGUUCCAGAAUUUGGGUGGAGGUGGGAGCCUUUCAGAUUUACACCACUCGGCUAUAACUGCUGAAGCUCUCUUCCACCUUAAAUGCCUGAACACAGAUCACACACACACACACACACACACACACACACACACACACACCUAACCUGUGAAAGCUCAGGAAUCUGGGUGUGCAGAGGAGCUCAGAGAGGGCAAGCAAGAAGGGCAAGCCCUGGCUCCUGGACUCAUGGAGUAAGGGCUCAAGAGACCUGUCUGCUGCUGCCCUUCCCCAGAGGUUCCAGGAGAAGCCCCCCACUGCCCGUAAGAACAAAAGAAGGAAACAGACUAAUUCCUAGGGAAAACAGGUUGCAGGAAAAUGGGACAGAAAAAGACAACAUCCAGGGCUACAUUUCCUGACCUCGAGGACCUUCAGCCAGUGAGUGGGGUGCUCCUUGGCCAUCUAUGAGCCAGCUUCUCCAGGGACCUAGAGAGAGAGAAGAGGAGCUGGAUUUGGAGGGUGGGGGAGGCAGGCCUGGGAGAGGAGUUGAUGCUGAGGACCCUUGAGCUGAUGUUGCUCCAUCUGUCUCAGUCUUUCCUCCUCCGGCACAGGGGGCAGUUUCCCCUUCCUCUCCUGACUAGAACAGGGUGGGAAGACGAGUUCUCAUCCCCAGAAAGUGCCUCCUAUAAUGAAAGUAACAAAUAAUAAAGUAUAUGUGCUUACCAUCA